AUGGCUUCAGUUUAUGUGUUUCGUUUCGUCCAGUUUUUUCACUUUGUACUUGUUCUUUCAGCUGUGUAUGGAAAUGGGAAGCAUGACGAUGAGUGUCCUCCAUCGUUUGAUUGUGGAAAUCUUGGGAGCCUCCACUUCCCUUUCACCAAGCAUGAACAGAAGCACUGUGGCCUCUUCGCAGUACGUGGCUGUGAUGGUCCAUCUCUGAAUAAAACGAUUCAACUGCAGAAGAAUGGAAGACCAUUACCGCUUACUAAUGUUGUUCAGCAGGAGAAACUCAUCAUCACAGUUUUUGACCCAGAUCGUCAUAGAACCUGCGAUGUAGCUUCCAACAGUAACAUGCUUCUUCCUCAAAAUUCUCCCUUGGCUUCCUUUCGUUUCAAACACAACGUCGCAAGCCUGUUCAGAUGCAGACACUACCCUCACAUUAGACCCCCUCCUGGUUUCAUCAAUCAUGCCUGUCCUGACUUCGAUGUCUUUUGUCACGACUUAUCACCACACACGCCUCCUCCUGGUCCUCCUAAUCUUGACCAGAUGCAAACCUAUUUACCUGAUUGCUCCGUUCUUCCCCUUCCUUGUAAGAACCUGACUUAUGCCUCAGAUUUUUCAUCAUUCUUUUGCGGUGAAGUAGAUAUUGAAGUGCACGCAUCUGGUGAUUGUGAUGAGUGUUACAACCACAAGGGAGGCCAAUGUCAAGUUGAUGACCACAAUACCUUCUACUGCGACGUGGGCCCCAUAGGAAACCGGAAGUCGUUGGUCAUACCUGCUACAGUUGUUGCAGCUACAAUACUAGGAGUUUUUGUACUUACAAUGUAUUGGCUUAAAAGUACAUUAUUUCUUGAUAAGAUCACUACAUUCUGGAAGAACAAAUCGAAAACUCAUCCAGAGUUUGAGGCUUUAUUUAUGAAGAGCCAUGGAUCACUUGCCACAAAAAGAUAUAGCUACUCGGAGAUAAAAAAAAUGACCAGCUGUUUCAAAGAAAACUUAGGGCAAGGAGGCUAUGGAACUGUGUUCAAAGGGCAGUUACAUGACCAAUGUCCAGUUGCAGUGAAGGUUUUGAAUGAAACAAAAGGUAAUGGAGAGGAAUUCAUUAAUGAGGUAGCAAGUAUAAGCAAGACUUCCCAUGUCAACAUUGUCACACUUUUAGGAUUUUGUUUUGAAGGGUCAAAGAAGGCACUUGUUUAUGAGUUUAUGGCUAAUGGAUCAUUAGAGAAGUUCAUCUUUGAAAAUAAAGAAAACCUGCUUGAUGUUAAUCUCCAGUUGAGUUGUGAAAUAUUGCACCAAAUUGCAGUGGGUGUUGCACGAGGAUUAGAGUAUUUGCAUAGAGGAUGUAACACUCGGAUAUUACAUUUUGACAUAAAACCUCAUAACAUUUUGUUGGAUGAAAACUUUUGUCCAAAAAUCUCAGAUUUCGGACUAGCCAAAAUAUGCCCAAGAAAUGAGAGUUUUAUAUCCAUGACGGGCGCUAGAGGAACCAUAGGAUAUAUUGCUCCUGAGGUAAUUUCUAGAAAUUUUGGUGUAGUCUCUCAUAAGUCAGAUGUUUAUAGUUUUGGGAUGAUGAUUCUUGAAAUGGUUGGAGGAAGAAGGAAUGUCAACAUCAAUGUUGAUAAUAGUAGUGAAAUAUAUUUUCCUCAUUGGAUUUACAAGCAUCUAGAAUUGAAUGAAGAGCUUGCACUAAGGAGCAUUAGAAAUGAAAGUGACACAGAGAGCAUAAGACAGAUGGUGAUAACCAGCUUAUGGUGCAUACAAACUAACCCUUUAGAUCGUCCAGUGAUGAGUAAAGUGGUGGAGAUGCUUGAAGGCAGAGUUGAGACCUUGCAAAUUCCACCAAAGCCUUACUUAUCAUCUCCUUCAACAUCACCACGCUCUUCGUCUUCCUUAACUCACUGACUCUAUAAUUUUUAUGCUAUGGGGCAUUUUCAUUAAGUCAUGAUUACUCAAAAGCCUAUAUGUUUUUGUUUCUGUGCGUGCUUUUUUUUUUUUCUUAUAGGACUCUGCUAAUGCACUAAAUUUUGCCAUGUAUAGACAACAAGAACAUUGUAAUGCUAGUGGACUUGUAUUGUGGCCUUUUUUGUCUAUAUUGUUAAUUUAUAUCAUUCCUUGGUAA